AUGGCUAACCCUAGCCCCCCGAAGCUCUCCCAAUCCCUUGUGGACAGAGCAAAUGCCCUUACCACCAAAGCCAAUGAGGCCCAAACCAUCUUUGGCCCGAUUACCACCCUCUUGGACAGUUAUUUGAGCUCUAACGAGGUCCUCUCUUCCUCCGCGAGAUCUCGAAAACUCCUCACCGCUCUUUGCCUCGAUUUCAAGGCAACUACGGAAAGAUACUUCGAUGUACUCAUUGCUGGGCACUACCCCCCCCGCCCCAAUACCACCAUUACCACGCCCACUGUCAUGCCCACUGCCACCCCUCUCGCUUCCUCCCGUACAAACUCUCUGACAGGAGAACCGACUCCCAAGCCUUCUUACGCACAGAAAGCCCAAAAUACCCCAGACACACCCAACCCCACCCCCCAAAAAACCUCAACCGGCCCCACUAAUAUGAAACCAUUAGCUUCUCCAACAGAUAACCAUUUGUUUGUAAAAAUUGACCAUUCUCAUCCAGCCCGAAAAGCAGGAACCUUCGUUAUUCUCAUAGCAUUAAAGAAAGUCCUUGGCCCCGCCGCCUCUUUAUUGAAAGAAGUACAGGAAGUCAAAACAGGCUUCGCCCUCUGCACCAACUCCCCUACUAAUCUUGCGGCUCUAAAAACUAAAGAAACUAUUAUUGUUACUGUCAUAGGUAGCUGCAAAAUCGAGACCCAAGAAAAAUGGGCAACCUACCGACUCAACUAUAUCCCCCGGAACGUUACGUCUGCUUCAAAACAGAUGCAAUUGUAUUGA